CUUAUUAGUUUACACUAAUUGAAUUUCGGCUUCAAUGUCUUAUAACCCAACAGAAAAACUCUAAAUCCGAUAGAUUUAAUCAAGGCUGUGGCGAAUGCAAAGAAAUUUUCGUCCGUCUUUUGUUUUAACCUCAAAACGCGCAGCGUAAUUUGCUUGGUUCUGGUCGCCGAGAGGAAAUACCGUGUUAUCGUUUUAAUCCGCGAUGGUAUUUCAUUGAGAGCGUUCGCGCAUGAUGGCGCACAUUCGUUUCGUCGGCGAUUCGACACGCCGAUUGGCAUUUCAUUGAAGAGAUUAAUUAACAAGAUGGUGGGUGCAAGAGUAUAAAUAUCUUAGGUUUAGGCUUUAUUGUCAUCAGUUAUCUGAAGAGUUUUCACUAAAACAACUAGAAAUUUAUUUAAAAGAAAAAGUAGUGAAAAAUAGUUAUGUUGGCUAGAAUGAUUGUCAAAAUGGCGCUCGUGACGUGUGUGGUAGUUUUGGUGCGCUGUCAAGAACUACAACCGAGAAAACCUUUAUAUAAAUAUCGAUAUGAAACAGAAGACUUAAAAACGGCAGCUUCCGGUUUGCCAGUGCAUGGUUAUCAUCUUGUAGAAGGUGGUUAUUACCCUGAGCCACGUUUCGGUAACUUCGGCGCGCCUGGCGGACAACUCCAGCGCCCUCUACAACCAUUCGCGUUCCAACAACAGCCACAGGCUUACCAACCACCGAUUCAAGCGUUGGGAGUAGGUGGAAUUGGAGGUAUAGGUGGUAUUGGUCCUGCAUAUGGUAUACAACCACACUUACACCAACUAGGCGGUUCUAUAUCCGAUAAAACAGUUUAUCAAGAUGGCAGCCAGGCGCAGAAAGACGCAUCGUUCAAAAACGCGCAUACAUCUUCCGGUGUGCAAGGCCAUCAAGACCAAGAAGGUUUCAAUCGUGGUGAGGCACAGAUUCGCAAUGGUAAAGGUGAUACCGCUAGUUAUCAUUCCGCUCAAGGUCAACAGCAAGCAUCUGAAGAUGGUAAGAACUAUCAAGGUGCGCAACACUACAACCAACAGGGACAAAAUGCCGGGGAACAAAAUCAGAAGCAAGGUCAUAAAAAGGGUCACAUUGUAAAAGGAUUCAAAACGUCACAUCAUAAAGACGAAACUGGUCGUACUGAAGAAUAUUAUGACGAGGCGAAUGACGAAGGCGGCCAUUUUACUUCCAAGGGAAGUUCGGGUAGUUUCGGUGAAGAGGCGAAGAAUGCCUACAAAGGCGGCCAUGAUAAUGGUCAGUUUAACAAAGGCGAGAGCAGUAAACAAGGACAUGUUGAAAAUGUCCAUCAUGUUGACAACGCCAAUGCUGAUAAGGGCGAUUAUGCGCAGAAGCAGACCUUCGGGCAAGGUCAAACCUACGGGGUGAAUAAUGGCGUUGAUCAGCAGAGUUUGCUCGGUCAUCAGGAGUCGAAUAGGUUCUUUAAGCAUCAUCCUAUUCACACGCCGUUUUAUAAAGCUUAUUAGCAACAUAACCACAAAUGAAAGUAUCAUAACCUUAAAUUAAAUAUUUUAAACAUGUUCAU